GAUGCUCGAUAUGGAACAGUUACCUAUAUUUCCUCAGGGUGACAUAACUCCUCCACUCCAUUAAUAACUCCGCCACCAGCGAUCACAUCAGUCUGAGGUUUCAGACGGCUACCCGCAGUCUGGCUGGAUUCCAAGUCACAUGGUCUCUGACCAAUAAUUGUAACCAAGAUGAACAGGCACAUACCUUGUGAAUUUAAUAUCCACCUCAUCCACCUUGAGUGGAUCAAUCGGCACCUCCGCAACGCAUAGGCUGCCUGCUACCGAUUGAAAACAAUAGACAAUGGUUUUGAGUGAUACCCUAGUAUGUGUUCUAUUCUGACCAUAUAGUAUCUCCAAUAGAGGGUUCCUGUCGGAAUCGAAUGUGCCUAUCCUAUCCCAGGAGUGGGGCUAUAUUUUUUGGCUCCCAAAUGUGUUCAAGUGCAGUCGAUUGUUUUUUGUAGAUAAUGAGAGAGACACUGGUUCCUAUGGUGUUGACGUUGCGUGUUUACCAUCAACAUCUUUAUAGUGCUUUCGACUGCGGUAGUCAGUUUGGAGCCAAAGAGCCCAUUCAAACCCACACCGCCAAAAUCCUCUGGUGACUUAUCUGUGUCAAUAGGCUAGGCUACAUACAAUGCACAACACUUGUUUUCAUGAUUAUUAUCUCUUACCUUCAAUACCAGCCUAAAAUAGUGCAUGCUGAUAAGAGGCAUUUUAACCAGAAGAAUAUUGGAUAAUGGAAAAACAAUUUCAAGCUAACAUCUUUAUAAGGCUUAACAUUGUUUUGGUUGUUAUUUCACGAAUGCAAUGGAUAUAUGUGCAUUUACAAUGUAAUCCAAGUUGACAUUUUUUAUUGGCACCCACAUAGACAUUGUGUACACCAAACAAUAUACGAUAUGUGUUGUUUAGCACAUUUGUUUUAGUGUAUGGUAGGCUACCCCACUUAUAGUAUAGUGAACAUCCGUGUGAACAUCGGUGAUAGAUCCAAUGUACAUGCAUAGCAGUAGGCUUAGUUUAGGAGCCUAUGAAAUAACCUUAUAUUUCACCCUCAAUGAUGUUAUUGCUCAUCAUGAGCAGUCUCACUUGUAAGAUCGUUUUUCCUCUACUGACAUGCUACUUUCCUUGGGUGAAUAUUCGAAAAGAUGUUGCAACCUUUUCAGUGACGUCAAGAAUGUUGUGUUGGUCCUGUCUAUCCAAUCCGAGGCAUCGCUGACAUUCUACAGGAGCCGAAAUGGGUCUAAUCUUGCUCUGUAGCUGUCCUCGUUUAUCCACCACAACGCCCUUCGGCGGGUGCAUGGUGGUACUCGACUGCUGCUUUAAACAGCAGCACUGACAUGGAAACCCCAUUGCAGUUGAAGAACGAUUUCUUUCAAGAGCAGCAGUUCCAGCAUCACUGUAAGUACCAGCACUACUGCGGACCAGAGGAACGCUCCACUAAGCAGCGCAACCAAUGCUGCACCUGCAAGAACUGUACCUGUGGUGCAAGAAAAAGCCUCGUUUUUCGCGGGACGUCAGCGACCACUCAAGGAACUUUAAGGACGCCAUCCGUAACGUCUUCGAGACAAGGUUGUCAAUUUAGCGUCUGUGAGUUUAAGCCCUCCAGUCAUGGUAGUUCACCCAGACAUCACCACCACCAGCACUGCCACAAUCGGCCGCCGGGCAGCCCGAGCAGCAGCCACAAAGAGAGUAACUCGUAUAACGAAAUAGCCAUGAGCAGCUGCAGAUACAACGGCGGCGUAAUGCGGCCGCUGAGCAACUUGAGCUCGUCCCGCAGAAACCUACACGAGUUUGAUUCAGAGUCCCAGCCUUUACAACCAAUUUCCACCGCAGAUGCAUCGGACACCCUAGCAUCUAAACCGGAGAACAAUUCGACCACCCUGAUGCCUUACGCAUCGGGAGACGGAGGGGGUGGAUGUAACAACAGUGGCAGUAAAUCGGGUAAAAAGAAGAACCAGAACAUUGGGCAAAAGCUUGGACAUAGAAGGGCCUUGUUUGAGAAAAGGAAGCGCCUCAGCGACUAUGCUUUGAUCUUUGGGAUGUUUGGGAUCGUUGUUAUGGUUAUAGAGACUGAACUCUCAUGGGGAGCGUAUGGAAAGGAAUCCUUGUAUUCAUUAGCUCUAAAAUGCCUGAUAAGCCUUUCUACAAUCAUUCUUCUGGGUCUGGUUAUCAUAUACCACGCAAGGGAGAUUCAGUUAUUCAUGGUGGACAAUGCAGCAGAUGACUGGAGGAUAGCCAUGACCUACGAGCGCAUCUUCUUCAUCUGCCUGGAGAUCCUGGUGUGCGCCAUCCACCCCAUCCCAGGGAACUACACCUUCACCUGGACAGCACGCCUGGCCUUCUCCUACACCCCGUCCAAGACGGACGCAGACGUGGACAUCAUCCUGUCCAUCCCCAUGUUCUUACGGCUGUAUCUCAUCGCCCGCGUCAUGCUGCUCCACAGCAAGCUCUUCACAGACGCCUCGUCCCGCAGCAUCGGGGCGCUUAACAAGAUCAACUUCAACACACGCUUCGUCAUGAAGACCCUGAUGACCAUCUGCCCUGGCACCGUGUUGCUGGUCUUUACCAUCUCGUUGUGGAUCAUCGCUGCGUGGACCGUGAGGGCCUGUGAGAGAUACCAUGACAACAUGGACAUAACCAGCAACUUUCUAGGAGCCAUGUGGUUGAUAUCAAUCACUUUUCUGACCAUUGGAUAUGGGGAUAUGGUACCCAACACUUACUGUGGAAAAGGAGUCUGUCUCCUCACUGGUAUUAUGGGAGCCGGCUGCACAGCCUUGGUAGUGGCUGUGGUUGCAAAGAAACUGGAGUUAACCAAAGCUGAAAAACAUGUUCAUAAUUUUAUGAUGGACACCCAGCUGACAAAAAGAGUGAAAAACACAGCUGCAAAUGUACUGAGGGAGACCUGGCUCAUCUACAAGAACACCAAACUGGUGAGGAAGAUGGACCAUGCCAGAGUCAGGAAGCACCAGAGGAAAUUCCUCCAAGCCAUUCAUCAAGCUCGAAAAUUGAGAAGUGUUAAAAUGGAGCAACGCAAGCUGAAUGACCAAGCAAACUCACUAGUGGACCUUGCAAAGACUCAGAACAUCAUGUAUGACCUGAUCUCAGACCUGAACGAGAGAGGGGAGGACAUGGAGAAGAGGAUCGCCCUGCUGGAGACCAAGCUGGAGACUUUGCUGGGGAACCUGCAAGCCCUGCCAGGACUCAUCAGCCAGGUCAUCAGCCAGCAGCACAGGGACUUCUUGGAGGUGCAGCUCCAGCCGUACAACAAACACAGCCCUGAGCGAUCGCAGUCUGUGUCCAGACGGAGGUCAUCCUCCACUGCACCACCCACCUCCUCCGAGAGCAGCUAGAGUCCAAGGGGAACACCUACAGAGAAGACUUUUGCCAUCAUAUGGCCAAGUUGCAUUUAUUGUAAAGCCUUAUGGUUUCAAUAAGUAUUAUCCAAAUUCUGAUGACAGAAUCCGAGCUACUGGGACAAUGGAUUUUAAAGGGAUGCUGUUUAUUUUUUAUUACCUCAAAAGAUGUUAUCCUUGCUCUGGUGACAUGACCAUAGAAAAUUAUGCUUUCCUCAGUAAAAACUAUUAGGCCUAUCGAUGGGGGGCUGUGAUCAGAACUAUACUCCAUCUCUAUGCAGAGGUAGCCAGUUUUAGGACAGUAAGGUUACCGGCCGGGUGUGAAGAUAAUGCACUAAAAUAGUGCUUCUUCUCACAGACUUUGUGCUUUUGCUGGCUUGAUUCAGUUGCCGUGUUCCUUAAAGCAAGCUGAGAAAUCAUGGGACCUAUCAAUCAGCAAGCAUUACAGUAAUACUUUUUAUUGAGGAAAAAGUGCUAUUUCAUGGACAUGACUGAAAUGAAGACAGAGGGCAGCACAAGAAUGCACCCACAUACUGUCACUCAGAGGUACCAUAUAGAGCUUGAAAUAUAUAUUUUAGGUUAGAAACAGCAUCAAACUAUGGAGUUUUUUCUUUUGCAGAAUGCCCCUGUAGAAUGACUAUUUUUGGGGCCACACUGCAAACAAUUGAAUCCUCUUAUCAAAAUGAAUGCAUCUAAAUCUGUACUUGCACUUACUUUUUAAUCAUUGCACUUCAAUGCUGACUGACGUAUGAUAUAAAUCUGUGUUGCUCAUUAAAACAAGAAAAAUGUAGAUGUUUGGGCGUGGACUUAUGGUCAAUUUUCAAUUAAUUAAUUUGUAUUAUUAGUGAAGAGGACUCAAGUCAAAGCCCUCAUGCUAUGUACCACAAAGGGACCUCAAUUUAAAACUGAUAGGCUACUGAAAUGAAUACUUUCAAUUAUCACAAACACAGUUUGCUCUUUCCUCAACAUAUCUCAACCCUUGUCCUGGAAGCACUUAGUAUUUAUGCUGGUUUUUGCCUCAACUGAGCAACAAUAGUUGGAUGCAAUGCAAACCAAUAAUUCACAAGAACUGUAGCCACUUUUGAAAGUAAAUUGAUAUUUGUAUAUUUUCAUGAGGAUAAGCACACCUCCGCACACCUCUUACAGCAUACGCCUUCAACACAAAUAAUGACGGAAUGAUAUGAACAGAAUAUAUGAUGUAAAACAUUCAUUGGUUGAGGUGAAAUGCAGCAUAUUCAACAUAUCUUCCAUUAAACCAUCCAGGACCAAGGUUAAGAUACCUGGGAAUACACACUGUUAGUUCAAAAGGAAUGUAUACAAGAUGGUAUAGCAACUUACUGUAUUAGAGGGCUGGGCCUGGUCACUAAAAUGUCAAAACCUAACUGCAAAAAAAACUAUCUCUGACACAUAUAAUUGUGCAAAUAUUGUAGGUGCUCAAGAUUAUAGAAUUAGAUUUCAACAAAGCUUUGUCCCUUUGUUUAAAACAGCAAUAGCUUGGCCACUAGCCAGUCAUAAAGGGAAAUAAAGGUAACCUUCCACCAGUUAUACACAUUUUGGCAAUAUGCACCCUCCCUCUGCAAGGUUUUCAGAAGUUAGAUGAGUGUGCCAUGAUCAUCCGAUGGGCAUUUAUCUAGUCAACUUCCUGCAAUGACAUUGUCCAACCAACCAAAAGCUCAAUCCCAUCUACAGUGUUGAAUGUACUGUUGCUGGUUUUAGAGCUUUCUAACAUUGGCAGUCAAUCCAGAAAUUUUAGCAACAUAGAAACUUUUGAGAGAUUAUGUACUGUAUGCAAACAAAAUAUGAAACAAUAAAAAAAAUGCAUAUUUA